AUACAAUAUUUUAAACCGACACCAACAGUUUAACAUUGUUCUAAAAUUUUGCGUGGCGGUGGCUACUAGCAUAUUCCAGUGUGGGAUAAUGCUGUCGUGAAUCACCUUGCCUUUAUUGCGUGCCCAGUUGGAUUAUCAAGCUUCUUAACUCAAACAUGGGAUUGAAGUCAGAGAACACUACCAAGCACCGUAAAUCAUUUCAAUCUGAUGCUCUUUUAAGACUAAAGUUUGGAAUUUUCACUUCUUAUCAAGCUUGCGACUUUUGAUAUUGAUGGAGCUGAGUUCAUUCUCUUCCACUUCUGCGUGCAUUUCUGAGAUUGUAAAUGCGGGAAGAACAAGAAUCUAUUCAUCUUUGCUCUCUAAUUUCAGCAGCGUUAGAUUCUCCAGACAGCUCAACUGUUUCGGAGGGUUAUUUCUAAGGAACUAUGAAGCCUUGAAUAACAUUUACAUGACUCAUAGAGAUGUCAUCAGUUUAGUUGGUCGAGAUAAUCUUGCUGCAGAAACGAGUUUCCAUCAUAUGAAUGGCAUAAAUGGCUCAACUUCUAGCUUGGUUUACAGAAACCUGAAAGUACUUGAUGCGUUUGAUGAUGUGUAUGAAGGGAUUGUAGUUGAUUCAGAUGGGUUACCAGACGACCCCACUAACUUCGCAGCUAUUCUGCGUUUUUCUCUUUCUCAUUGGAAAAAGAUGGGAAAGAAGGGGAUUUGGCUUAAAUUGCCUAUAGAGAAGUCUGAACUUGUUCCAAUAGCUAUUAAGGAAGGCUUUGGAUACCACCAUGCGGAACCAGGAUAUGUGAUGUUAACAUACUGGAUUCCUGAAGGACCUUGCAUGCUUCCAUUCAAUGCAUCACAUCAUGUAGGAGUUGGGGGAUUUGUCAUAAAUCACAGAAAUGAGGUGCUUGUAGUCCAAGAGAAGUACUGUGCUCCUGCAAAUCGUGGUCUUUGGAAGAUACCAACUGGUUUUGUUCUACAGUCAGAGGAGAUAUAUGCAGGAGCCGUAAGAGAAGUGAAGGAAGAAACUGGGAUUUGUACCGAGUUCAUUGAAGUCAUAGCAUUCAGACACGCACACAAGGUGGCGUUUGAGAAGUCAGAUUUGUUCUUCAUCUGCAUGUUAAGACCCCUGUCAGUUGAGAUCAUUGUUGAUGAUCCUGAAAUUGAAGCUGCGAAAUGGAUGCCUCUAGUUGAGUUUGUAGAGCAACCACUUCUCCAAGAAGAUUCAAUGUUCAAAAAGAUCAUAAAUAUCUGCAUUGCUUGUGUGGAGAAGCGUUACGGUGGAUUAUGUGCACAUAACAUGGUUUCCAAACUUGAUGGCAAGUCAUCUUCCCUGUACCAUAAUGUCAUCAACAUAGAAGAUAUCAACUGUAUCAGCAAUUAAAGCACUCAAAUCUAAAAUGCAUGUCACUAUACUACUUUAAUUCUUCUCAAAUUUGAGCAACAAGUUGAUACCUGAGAGAGAUAACCAUACACAAUAGAUACUGAUACGCAAUUUGUUGAGUAAUGAAACUGAGAUCUUUAACAGCAACGUUGGAAUGUAGCAUGCGUAACUCUCACACUUGUUCACCUGUUCCUGGUUUACUGAUCACGCCUUUGCAGUGGAAAUUUGAUUGUGUAGGUACCAACUUCAGCCAAGCAAAAUGAUUGUUCAUCCAUUGUGUAACAUUCCCUUCUCCCAAAAAACAACAAAUUCUCUGAAGAAAUGAUAUUUCCACAAGAUACCGUAGCAUUAGUGUCAGUAGCAUAAGUGUAGUGUGUGCAUUUUACCAUCAAGUACUCUUGAAGUUCAUCGAAUAGAGAUAAGGCCAAAUUAUUAUAUGAGUGUAAAUUUUACUUCACACUUCUUAAAAUGGUAUUAGAACCAUGAUUUAGAGUCUAUUCUAGAUCAAAGUUUGUUAUUUAUUGAGUUUAUUGUUUCCUGA